AUUGAGGCGGCUGCUGCAUUGAAACUGUAAAUCAGAGCUGAGAGGCACGAAUAACAAUGAAAUUGAAGGAAUUUGAAAGUUUUCUCCAGCAAGUUGAUAUAUUUGAAGAACCAAAGAUAUGGCUCGAGCAGUAUCCAACUAGGCCACAUAUUGCAGCUCGAAUGCUGCAUACUAUCGAGGCAAGCUAUGGAGAUAUUAGUGGUCAUCUGAUAGCAGAUCUUGGUUGUGGCUGUGGGAUGUUGAGCAUUGGAGCUGCAAUGCUUGAUGCAGGUCUGUGCAUAGGUUUUGACAUUGACCAAGAUGCUCUGGAGAUCUGUCAGAGGAACUGUGAAGAGUUUGAGCUUCCUUGCGUUGACACUGUCCAGUCUGACCUUACCAAGAUGGAGGCAGGGCCUUGGAGCAAAAAGUUUGACACGGUCAUCAUGAACCCACCCUUUGGAACAAAGCACAACAAAGGGAUUGAUUUGCAGUUUGUACAGCUGGGUUUGGAGAUGGCGACAAAGUCUGUCUAUUCUUUACACAAAACAUCAACAAGGCAGCAUAUUCAGAAGAAAGCUGUGCAGUGGGGUGUGGAUUGCGAGGUUGUUGCAGAGUUGCGGUUUGAUUUGCCCUCGUCCUACAAAUUUCACAAGCACUCCUCCAUAGACAUAGAAGUGGACUUUGUACGCUUCUCCUUUCCGACACUCCCGACCGGUCAUCAGAGAAGUGGUCAUCAUAGCAAAGGACACAAGAAGAAGGCAUCCGGCACAUGACAUAGAAUGAAAUGAAGGAUUCAAAGAGAUGGACACUGGACAGUGCAAUAUUAGCUCUGUGGUUUAUGGCAUUGAUCCCCAGAGUGGAAGGACAGAGGUUCAAAUAUGAAGUCAGUGUGGUACUAAAUGACCAAUUACCCAGUCCCUCUAGUAGAACUGAAGGGAAUUCCACCCUCAAAGUUUAUGAAAGGAUACAGGAGCACCGGAGAAAAAUCGCAAGAACAGAUUGCAAAAGUUAAGAAAGUAAUCAUAUUUUCUUGAUCACCCAUGGAGUACCCAUAAUCAUUUGCACCCUGGAGUAGUGAACUACAUGUAUACGGGUCUCUUGGCCAAAUAUCAACCAUCCUGUGUCUAAAUUUUGUAAGCCAAUGAAGUGAGUGAGCAAAUA